AUGACCUUGCUAGAAACACUCGAAACCUCUAACUUUAUUGAGAUGGGAAUUUAUGGUUAUCCUAUUGAAAUCCAAGCACUUUUCUUUAUGGCAUUGAGAUGUGCUUUGGUAAUGCUGAAGCAAGAUGCAGAUGGGAAAGAGUAUUGGGUAUUUGAGUUUAUGCCAAUGCGUGGUGGCUACUUCAUAGGCAAUGUCAGUCCUGCAAGGAUGGAUUUUCGAUGGUUUGCUUUAGGUAAUUGUGUCGCUAUCUUAGCUUCUCUUGCCACCCCUGAACAGUCUGCUGCUAUUAUGGAUCUUAUUGAAGCACGCUGGGAGGAGCUGGUUGGAGAAAUGCCUUUAAAAAUAAGCUAUCCUGCAAUAGAAAGCCAUGAAUGGCGGAUUGUAACAGGUUGUGAUCCGAAGAAUACAAGAUGGAGUUACCAUAACGGGGGGUCUUGGCCAGUGCUUCUGUGGUUGCUAACGGCUGCCUGCAUCAAAACGGGAAGACCCCAGAUCGCAAGACGAGCAAUUGAUCUUGCAGAGAGCCGUCUGCUCGAAGACAGCUGGCCAGAAUAUUACGACGGAAAACUUGGAAGAUAUGUAGGUAAACAAGCAAGAAAAUACCAGACAUGGUCUAUCGCAGGAUAUUUGGUAGCAAAGAUGAUGUUGGAGGAUCCCUCACACUUGGGGAUGAUCUCCCUGGAAGAGGACAGGCAAAUGAAGCCGGUGAUAAAGAGAUCUUCCUCCUGGACUUGCUGA